GGGCGCCGCCUGAUCGGAACGCGGCGCGGCUGCGAGCGGUUGACGGCUUGGCGGCGAAUGGCGGCGGGCCGGCCGUGCGGGCGGGCCGGGGCGAGGGAGGAGCGGGGUCCUCGGGCGGCCGGGGUGAGGUCGCUCUUUGUGGCGGCGGCUGGCAAGACGACGUCGGAGCCGGGGGAGAAGAAGCUGCUGCGGCCGGACGGGCCCGGCGGCGCCGAGCUCCCCGGCGAGGAGGGGGAAGGGCAGAACGUGUGGUCAUCGAUACUGAGCGAGGUUUCCACCCGGUCGAGAUCUAAACUGCCCUCUGGCAAAACUAUCCUUGUUCUUGGUGAUAAUGGCUCAGGUAAAACCACGCUUAUGGCUAAACUACAGGGAGCAGAACAUGGCCAAAAAGGAAGAGGACUGGAAUACUUAUAUCUCAAUGUUCAUGAUGAAGACAGAGAUGAUCAUACUCGCUGUAAUGUUUGGAUUCUGGAUGGAGACAUAUACAGUAAAGGGCUGUUGAAGUUUGCCGUUUCUGCAGAAUCCCUGCAGCACACCAUUGUAAUCUUUGUUGUGGAUAUGUCUAGACCUUGGACUGCUAUGGAGUCUUUAGAGAAGUGGGCCGGUGUCUUGCGAGAGCAUAUUGAUAAGCUGAAAAUUCCUCCAGAAGAAACGAGAGGCAUGCAACAGAAGAUUAUAAAGGAGUUUCAAGAGUAUGUAGAACCCGAAGAAGCCUACCAAGGAUCAUCCCAGAGAAGGGGCCCUUCUUCGGGCCAAGAGAAUGCAAGUGUUUCUUUGUCACUUGGAGAAAAUGUGCUGACGCACAACCUUGGUAUUCCUGUGCUGGUAGUUUGUACCAAAUGUGAUACAGUGAGCGUACUGGAGAAGAAGCGUGGUUACAGAGAGGAGCACUUUGACUUCAUUCAGUCCCACAUUCGUAGAUUCUGCUUACAGUAUGGAGCUGCCUUGAUUUAUACCUCAGUUAAGGGGGAAAAGAACCUUGAUCUGUUGUAUAAGUACCUUGUACAUAAAAUGUACGGUUUUCAGUUGACCACUCCUGCCUUAGUGGUAGAAAAGGAUGCGGUUUUUAUACCUGCUGGUUGGGACAAUGAAAAGAAAAUUGCCAUUUUACAUGAAAACUUCACAAGAGUGAAACCGGGCUAUGCGUAUGAGGACUUCAUUGCAAAGCCUCGUGUCCGAAAGGAAUCUCGUGCAGGAGGAGUAGGACCUGCAGGAGGAGGAGGACCUGCAGGAUCCCCAGGAACUCAGGGUGGAGCCGAUCCCGCCAAUGUAGCUAGUGCCUCACCAGUAACAUCAGUUAAGAAACCAGAUCCAAAUACCAAAAGCAUGAAUUAGCAUCUUACUGGUUUGUUGGGGUGACAGGCGGGGUCAAGGGUGGUACAGUGGGAGGGGGACUGGGUCAUGGGUUUCCUGGGCGGUCGCGUGUCACGGUAUAUAACGGCUUGUUGUGCAGCAAUGAAUUGCCACUUGCAGCGAC